AUGAAAAUUAGGGUUUUGGACAAAGUGAUAUUAAAACCGCAAACCCUUCCACUUCUCUCCCUCCAGACCUUCUUCGCUUCAGAGAGAGAAAAACAGAGGCAGGCAGCCAUGGCAAGGAUCAAGGUACACGAGUUAAGGAACAAAUCAAAGACAGAGCUGUUGAGCCAGCUUAAGGACUUAAAGGCUGAGCUUUCUCUCCUUCGUGUAGCCAAGGUCACUGGUGGUGCCCCCAACAAGCUUUCCAAGAUUAAGGUUGUGAGGCUAUCGAUUGCUCAAGUAUUGACGGUGAUAUCCCAGAAGCAGAAGGCCGCAUUGAGGGAAGCCUAUAAGAACAAGAAGUUUUUGCCUCUUGAUCUCCGUCCCAAAAAGACCAGAGCUAUUCGCCGCCGCCUUACCAAACACCAGCAAUCUUUGAAAACAGAGCGGGAGAAGAAGAGGGAGAUGUACUUUCCAAUGAGGAAGUAUGCCAUUAAGGUGUAAGCUUGAGAUUAAUUUAGGAAGGGAUACCUUUGUGUUAGAUUCGAUGUGCCUAUUGGAGGAUAUUAUUUAAAUUUGUUGUUGUUGAAUUUUCAUUUUCUUUAUAAUUUUUCCAUUUCCCUCCCAUCUUUCUCACUAUUAUGAAUUAUUGGAACUUAAUGAGUGUUGGUCGAGCCUUUCUUUUAUAAUUCCAUGGUUUACUGCUUUUAUCAA